AUGGCGGCUUACGCAGCUCUACUUUCUCUCAGGCAUAUUAUCGAACAGCUUCAGCAUCACCCUUUCCCUCCAAUUUGUCUUGACCAAAACCAGAUCCAAUCUCUCACCGACAACCUCAAUUUCUUGCAGGAGUUUCUGGAGCAGGGAUAUCCUUGUGUUGGCAGCAGCAAAGAAGCAUUAGAUGUUUUUGAAAGUCGAAUUGCAGAUGCAGCUCAUGCAGCCGAAGAUAUGAUCGAGACCCGUGUUGUUGAUCAAAUUCUUGCUGAAUCGACUGCUCAAGCGUCGAAAGAUAUAACCGAAACCUGGGUUUGUGAUCAAAUUCUUGGUGGAUCAAGAAAAAGGAAGAAUACUAGAAUGCAAGAUCGUCUGCGCAGGAUUUUGUCGAUUUUUCGUGGUGCUGGUUCAUCAAGAUCUCCUUCAACGAGGCAGAAUGCCGUAGCUGGUUUAGAUGUCGUGGAAAAAAUCAGUUCCGUCGACUUGUACCGAGAUCUCGAUAAGGUGAUCCAAGACAUGGGUUUAAUCAAGAAAGAUGUGAUGGAGAUUAAAGAUAAUAAUAUUGGAAUCGAAGAUCACCUGCACAUGAAUUCUUCAAGUCUUGCUGGUGCUGCUUCGUCAAGCUCUCAUUUAACAACGAAGCAGGAAACCAUGGUUGGUUUUGAUGGGCGGUAUUGCAAAUACGAGAGCCGCAAAAUCUUGAGUGGGAAGAGUGAAGGUGAAUUAAGUGAAAGAGUGCAUAAAAGUAUAUGGGGAAGGAGAUAUUUGAUUGUACUGGAUGAUAUUUGGAGUGUUGAGGUGUGGGAUAGAGUACAAAUCUUCUUUCCGGAUAAUGGUCAAGGAAGUAGAGUAAUGAUAACAACUAGGCUGUCGAACGUUGUUUUUCAGAUAAUUGGCUCUCAUGGCCUCGUGAUGGAUUUCUUAAACGAGUAUAAAAGUUGGGAGCUACUGCGGAAAAGUAUUUUUGAAAAACAAGAAGAUUGCCCUCUUGAAUUAGAAGAAAUAGGAAAGAAGAUUGCCAAAAAUUGCAAAGGACUUCCUUUGUCAAUAGUCGUGAUUGGAGGACUACUUGCGAAGUCCAAGCCCACAAGAGAAUAUUGGGAAUAUAUUUCAGAAAAUUUAAACUCAAUUUUACAUUUAGAAGAGAAUGAGCGUUGCUUAAAAGUAUUGCAUUUGAGUUAUAAUCAUUUGCCGGUACAUCUGAAGCCAUGUUUUCUGUAUAUGGGAGUUUUUCCUGAAGACAAAAACAUACGUGUCUCCUGGCUCGUAAAAGUAUGGGUUUGCGAGGAUUUCUGA